AUGGAGGAAACCUUUUUUCUUCAAAACUUUGAAAACAUCAACGAGGAAAGCAUCCCCGCCCCGCUUAUCCACCACUGCGCGGACUGCCGGGAGGUUAACUCUGCGCGGCGGAAAAUACGGGGAGGGACACAAUCGGAACAACGCCACGGAAAUGAAGGUCUAGCGGAGGAUCAAAUGGACGGCCAAUUGGCCACCCAAUCAGACCCCCCUUCCCGAAAAGACAACUACCUCUGUAUCAACGCGAACGCCUUUAAUGGAAAAUGCUACCGCAAUCAGAUCCCCAUCCUGGACGACAUUCACCUCCGCUUCACCUUGGGUGAGUCCCUGACCUACCUCCUCAACGCCUACUUGCGGAAGGGACUCAUCCAUAGGACCCUGUACAACAAAAUGGUGCACUCCUUCCAAGUGGCCAUCAUCGGAACCUUGCGCCAACUGAAGGAGUCCAGAGGAAAGAAGUGGACCAUCAAGGGAAAACUCAUCAACUUUAAAAAAGAAAAUAACAUCCAGCUUUUCUACGUGGAGAAUGCUGUCCUGUCCUUUGGAAAAUUUGUCUUACAUGUACCCCUGCUCAAAAUGAAGUCGAUUGAUUUGUAG